UGACUACCAUGCACAGCUGCACCAGAUUUUGCACUCUCCGGUUUUAGUAAAUCUACCCCUGUGUGAUUCAAUCAAUAUAAAUACCAAUAAAGCAAGCAACGCCUGUUUUGCCAGAUUUUCAGGAUGGGUGUUAUCUUACAAUAGGAGCUGUACACAAUUUAUGUAGUAGAUAUGGAGUUGCUGGACAAAAGUUCACCAAAAAAAAAAAAUUCUACCUUCAACAGUCUACAAAUAAUUGUAUUUUGCUUGUGACCGAAUAUUUUUAGACAUGCAUUCACAACUGUAGAAAUAAUUCAUUAGUCACAUUCAUGAAAUUGUUUAAUUUAUUUAGUAAAUACAUCCAUGAAAACAUAAAUGUAUAAAAAGGAGCUGAAAAUGGAAUAAAAAUGACUUACAAUAAAUGAGUACAUUAAUACUGGUUGUUAUCUACAUGCUAUUCCCCAAUUCUAAAAUUAACCGGAUGCACAAAAUAAUUCCCAACAUUAUUUGUAAUCCAAGUUAAUGGACAAUUUUUAUGUCCCCCCCCUCACUAUGAUAACACACACAUAGGGGAAGCAUCAGGUAUAUUGCCACGAAUAUGCAGAAAAAACUACUCUUCUCAACCCAAAACUAAUUUUUGAAGGAAAACACAUCAAUAUCAUCCUACAGUUAAUAUAUAGCAUUUUUUUUUAAAGACUGUGGAUUCAUUUUCAGAAAUACCUUGUAAACUGAAUAGUACUAAAUAACUGCUCUAAGUGCUCUAUCUUGUAUAUAAAGGUUCUAUUACAAUGGAAUGAAGAGGGACUCCCAGAGGACUCCCACAUCACUUUCAGCCAAUGCUUGCUGACUUUAAUCUUUGAUGAUUCUCUCCCACGUGUUUAACAAAAAACACACAUUAGCAUGAGGCAAAUCACUGCAGUUAAGCCUUGUCUUGGAAUCCUCAAGGUGAUCAUCAUGAGGUCUCUACUGGUAGGACUGAUGGUCCUAUUUUUUGAGAAAUUCUUUAUCUUUGCCAACUUUAAGAAGUUUAGCCUGACUAAGAAGAAGAGUAAAGGAAGAUGUUCUUCUGCUUGUGAACUGAAGAGAGGAGACGUAUUAGAAGUUCCCAGGACGCUGUUUGUACACUUUGGGAUUUAUUUGGGGAAUAACAAAGUUGCCCAUCUGAUGCCAGAUAUCCUUCCUGCCCUUUCAGGCGACAAGUGUCUGAUUGACAAAGUGGUGACUAACAAAAGGCUGAUCCUGGGGGUCCUGGCUAAGGUGGCCAGCAUCAGGGUGGACACUGUGCAGGACUUUGCCUAUGGUGGAACCAUAAUAGUUAAUCACAUGGACAGCAGCUUCAAGACAAAACCCCUCUGUAACGAGGAAGUGGCCCAAAGGGCUGAAAAGUUACUGGGGGCCACGCCAUACAGCCUGCUGUGGGAUAACUGCGAGCACUUUGUGACCUAUUGCAGAUAUGGCUUUCCUGUGAGCUUUCAGACCGAUAAGUUCUGUGAAAUUGUGAAGAAGAUUAUUCGAGACCAAAGAAGUGUACUGAUUUCUGCUGCUUUAGGGUUGGCAUUAACGUUGUCUAUGGGUAUAGGAUCUUCCACUACCCUUCCAUGUUUUCUUUUUACGUUUACACUCUGGAUGGCAAGCUGAAUAUGGAAAAUGGUGACAAAGCAAUGACCUGGAGGGAUGAAGCUACUGACAAUAGAAAUAACACAGCAUGACACCUAUCGGACAACCUGCUUGAAAGCAUUGGUGUUGUACUUGCUAGAGUCGCCAGUAGUGGGAACAUUCAAUAACACUGGAUAUAAUGUAUCUAAAUAAGUCAUGUAAAUCAUAAAGACUUACUAAAAGAAGAGUUGUUAA